AAUAACAGGAAGUGUAGUUUCUCCAUAUUUACUCUCUGUGGUUUUGAGCAAGACUUUUGAGAAGCUUUCAGAAGAUAUGCUGCAGAGAGUCGGUAUUCUGACAAAUCAGGUCAUAAGCCAAACCAAAGAUAUUUUUCCUGCAAAGAUCCUGGCCCAGCAGACAAUUAUAAGUGAAAACAGUGACUUUUAUGUAACAUGCAGCACAUUUGGAAAAAAGAAAGACUCCAAGAUUUAUGUUUAUUUGUUAAUAAAUGGGCGCGGAAUCCAGACUAAGCCCCAGAAGCAAGAUCAAAAUGACAUCCUGUUCACCAUAUGCACAGCUGGUCUUCAUCACAGUGGAAAUUACAGCUGUGUUUAUUCCCCCAAAAAUUAUACACUUUCUGAAGUAGUCAAGAAAGGAGACGACAUCAUUGAGAUUCUGGUCAUAGCCAAUUUUCUCCCAGCAGAUAUUUCAAUAGUUGGGCCAUCCACUGUUCAUGAGGGACAUCAUGUUGAAUUCCAGUGCACAGUGUCUCAACACCUACAUACACUUGGUGGAUGUAAAUUUAUCUACGCUUACCUGAGGAAGAACGACACGAUUCUCCAAGUGCAAGUCUUUAAUGUGUCUCAGAUGCUGGCAACUUUCAUCAUUGAUGGUGCAGUUUUGAGGGAUUCAGGUCAUUACAGCUGCAUAGCGCUGCCAUCAAAAUGCUUCUAUGAGCAGGAGUACACAGUUCAUGGAACAAACAAUUUAUUUCUUGAGGUCAAAGUGGAUUUGGUGUCUACAGUGUUACUCCAUGGUGGAGUAAUAACCUUGAUGCUGUCACUAGGGGCGUGUCUUUGGUGGAUUUCAAACAAACUAGUUCGCUCAACUUCUUGUGGACCACGUGCAACGACUCAGCAGGCAAAUUCAGACAUGUUGGAGGAACAGCAGGAGCAGGAAGAGUGGGAAGACGAAAAAGAAGACUCUUUCAGCACAGAUUAUGAUGACGCGUGUCCGAACAAUCUGGCAGCUGAGGUUUCAUUGCCUUCUGAAAAUUUUGAAGACGCGUACACUGUUGUAGAUGAUGUGCCUGCAGAUUCAAAGCCAGCAUGCCUAUAUAGUUCAUCGAUCAAACAUAAAAAGAAAGGCAACAGAGUUCCCACCCCGAGUUCCUCUUCAGUCUGUGUUUCAGCUAAUUAAUGACUGCAGGCAAUGAUCAUGUUCAGAAUAAGUGGCAAUGUUUUCUGAAAGUAUAGUGGCUGUGAAGCAUCGACAUUCACAGAUGUUUAUGAGCAACACAGCUGAAGAAAGACUUGCUCCAACGUGCUGUUUCUUGUUUCUUCAUAAAACAUUUUGAUUAAAGGUAUGGAUGUACUUACUUUAUAAAAUAGUCUGCAUUUUGCUUUCACUCUAGAGCAUGCAGACAUUAAUGUUUUAUAUUUUUCUUUUCUUUUUGUAACCACUUAUUUCCAUCAAUCCAUCAUAAAAAUGCAUAUAAUACAACAAAAAAUAGACUUUUUUUCAAAUAUUCACUGUGUAUAGCUUUCAAAGUUAUAAUUAUUAUGUUUUUAUUGUGGUAAUUAAAUGUAUUUGUAUUCAAUAAAUUGUUUCUAAUCCAGACAGAACAUUUUUAAUAAAUUUGAGGUCACCAUGGGGACCUACAGACUGUGGACACAGGGAUCAGGGUUUUAUGGUUGUAAUUUUUAUUCAGUUGAAUGAACUUUCACAUUUGACGGUAGCUUUGAUUUGUAACAUAACUUAUCAAAACACACUGGAGAAAACUACUUCACUGAGAUCUGCAAAAUAACACAAACCAUGUCUUAUCAUUUCUUAUUCAACCUAUUACAGGGUUCGUACACUUUUUUCAGGGUCAAAUUCAAGCACUUUUUAAGCACUUUCAAGGCCCCUUUUUAAGCCCCCCCCCGCCAAAAAAUAAAAAAGAAAGCAUGUUUCAAUUUGCAUCACCUCAGUAAGACCAUGUGAAAAGACACCAUAGCUCCCCUUUUGUUAGGACAUAGAAAAACGUGAAGUCCUAAAUGAUCACUUUUAAAGUGUUUGUGCUAAUAACAUCAUGUCAGACAGGCAUGGAGAACAGCACUGACUGUUUAAGUAGUUUAAUGCGUAGGUGGCGAUAAACACAUUUUGAAUGAAAGCCGGGGAACUUUGGUAGCACAGAAACAAGUGGCUUUGUGAACAUAUGGAUCACUCAUAUUACCAUUAUUUCACCCAAAGGCACCAAGUUAAUACUCAAAAAAGCUGUAGCAAUACACACAAAUAUAAACAGUACUUGGUGACAACUUUGCUUUUA